UAGUGCUAUUAGAAUAAAGUAAAACGGCAGCCCAAUGAUUCCCCUACUGUCUCUCUUUUACAUUGUUGCUGUCAAGGUCUUCAAAAAAACCGCCCCUAAUGGUAAAAUUACUGUUUACCUCGGCAAACGUGACUUUGGAGAUCAUGGAAGCUACUGUGAACCGGUUGAAGGCGUUCUUUUAGUGGACAAUGAGUAUCUCAAGGGAAGAAAGGUUUUUGGACAAGUGACCACCACCUUCAGGUAUGGACGAGAAGAGGACGAAGUUAUGGGUCUCCACUUCAGCCGACAACUUUACUUAGCCCUAGAACAAGUUUUCCCUACGAAAAAAAAUGAAGCACCUUCCGAUUUCCAAAAUCGUCUAGUACGUAAGUUGGGAACGUUAGCUCACCCAUUUACUUUUGCUCUGCCAGAAAAUGCCCCGCCCUCUGUUACUCUUCAACCAGGAUCCGAGGAUCAAGGACGACCUCUCGGUGUGGAAUACGAAUUGAAGUUAUUUAUUGCCGAAACUGAAGACGAAAAGCCUCACAAACGUAAUUCCGUUUCCAUGGCUAUUCGUAAACUUCAGUAUGCUAAACCAAGUCCUUUAGCUAAACAGCCUAGCGCUCUGGUCAGUAAAGGUUUUAUGAUGAGCUCUGGCAAAUUGCAGUUGGAAGUGACCCUCGACAAAGAACUUUAUUUUCACGGAGAUAAGGUGAGUGCUAACGUUACUAUUUCUAACUACUCCAAGAAAACAGUAAAGAACAUUAAAGUUGCUGUGGUCCAGAACACAGAGGUCACCAUGGUUAACGGCCACUUUCAUAAGACCAUAAGCAGUAUCGAAUCUAAGGAAGGAUGCCCAAUAACACCAGGAGCAACAUUGUCCAAAGUGUAUACUCUACUGCCUCUGGCUUCCCAGAAUAAAGACAAACGAGGAAUUGCUCUUGAUGGAAUGCUCAAAGAAGGAGACACUAACUUGGCCUCUUCCACUCUUAACUCUACUGGAGAUGCUAUAGGCAUUGUCAUAUCGUAUGUCAUAAGAGUUCGUCUCUACAUGGGUGCCAUCGGAGGAGAGCUUGUUGCCGAUGUUUCCUUCAAACUAGCCAACCCUGAGCCUGUCCCUGUGGUCCCUGGUAGCCAAGAAAGUAAAGCACAGCAGGAAAAAGCAAGAAUGAAGAAGCAAUUGAGCAGGGAAAUGAGUACUGACUUGAUUGUUGAAGAUUUUGCCAGAAGACGUCAGUUCAGUGAAGAUAACGAAUGAUGAUACUUUACAUUAACUAAUUAUUUACUUCUUUUCUCAUAACAUAUAUAUAUUAUAUGGAGAGAAAUAGAUUUUCUUCCUUCAAUUACUGUAGGUAAAUUGAAAAGUUAAUACUCUAAUCUUUCUUUUAGUUAAGGAUGAAAUGUUGUAAUAUUUACUAACAAGAUGACUAUUAACGUAUAAUUCAUUGCAUGAUUAAGAAUAGUUGAUAAAUUAAUCAAUUUAGACUUAGGAGAUGUUAUAAGUUUAAAUUUUAACUAGCGUAAAACUUUUGAAAGAUUUUAUAUUUUCUUGAAUUUCACUGAAUGAUAACAUUUAUUUAAAUACGGAUAUUAGAAAAAAUCAAUAACUUCAGAGAUAUGAAAGGAUUGUAAAUGUUAUUUAUAUUCAUAUAAGAAAAAUAAAGGAGAAUUGAUGUCC